GAGGUGGGGGUGGGAGUGUUGUAGGGCAGAGCGGAGGCUUCUGCUGCCUCUGUGCUUGCCGAACGGUGUGCACUGGGAAAGGGAGACACAGUGGAGCUGAUAGCAUUCAUACUCACUACCGUGAUGGGUUGACCCGAGAGACACUCACACAGCAGGGGAAAAAACUGGACAACCAUUACAAAAAUGGACAACAUGGACGGCAAGAAGGUGCUUCAUUUUGUGCCAUCUGAAGCCCCAUCAUCGGGGAGGUCUAAGAAUGGAUACCUGUUCCAGGAGAUGGAAUGUCGAGAUGAGGAGGAAGAAGAGUUUAGGGAAGAUCCAAAUGGACACCAGAGUACACCCAGCCCCAAAGCUGACGGCAGUCGCACCUACGAGAAUCAGUCAGACUUGAGCACUUCAGACUGCGAGGACUCCGGAUUCGGUCUCCUGAACACGUCAAGAAAAUAUGUGAAGCUGAUGAACUUCCAGGGGGAGGUGAGAGCCCACCGGGAUCUGGACGGCUUCCUGGCCCAGGCCAGCAUCCUCCUGGACGAGAAGGCGGCGUCUCUGGAUGAGGUGCUGCGACGCAUGCUGCAGCACGUAGCCGACGACGGGCAGGCGGCGAGCUGCGACCUGGACGAGGUCAUGAACGGCCUGUUCACUGACGGUGGCGGAAAGGGGACCAAUGUGCACCUGCUGACAGAGACCAUCCAGGGGGUGACGGCCACGGCCACGGGGGUGCGCUACCAGCAGUCCUGGCUCUGUGUGCUCUGUACUGUGAAGAGUCUCCAGAGGCGCUGUGUGUGUAUCGCACGGCUGGAGAGGCCACAGAACUGGGGGGUGAACUGCGCCGAGGUCCGCUAUGUCAUCCUCAUCCUCGCCCCACCCAGAACGAAAAGCACCAAGACGGCCAUUGAGGUGAGCCGCACCUUCGCCACCAUGUUCUCCGACAUCUCCUUCAGGCAGAAGCUCCUGGACGCCAAGACCCAGGAGGAGUUCAAGCAGGAGCUGAUGGCCCAGAAGCAGCAGCUCGUCUCGGCCAUCGAGAAGCCCACAUCGGAGGAGACCAUCCCAGGCAGCGAGAAGUCGCUCAAGUUCACAGACUUCCUCCGAGUUGGCCGUGGCAUAUAUGAAGACCUGUGUCGCAGACUGCCUCAUUACACCUCAGACUUCACAGACGGUAUGUGGGGAAGUGACAGGUCAUGGUUGAAAUACACCACCACUGCCAUCUUCCUGUACAUAGCUAUCCUACUGCCUGCCAUUGCUUUUGGCUCCCUGAACGACGAGAGCACACGAGGAGAGAUGGACGUACAGAAGACCAUCAUUGGUCAAAGCAUCGGAGGGGUCAUCUAUUCCCUUUUCGCCGGGUCUCCGCUUGUCAUUCCCCUAACCACCGCUCCACUUGCCAUUUAUAUCAGCGUGAUCCGUGGUAUCUGUGAUGAUUACGACCUGGAUUUCCCGGCCUUCUACGCCUGCACUGGACUGUGGAACAGUCUCUUCCUCAUUCUGGCGGGCGUCUUCAAUGUCAGCCUGGUCAUGAAGCUCUUCAGACGCUCCAUAGAGGAGGUGUUCGCCGUGUUCAUUGCCAUCGCUUUUAUGGGCGAUGCCGUGAAAGGCACAGUGAAGGUCUUCCAUAAGUCUUACCAUGACCCUGAGCUCAUAGUGGGCAAUGGUACUGUCGAAGCGUUGGAGCGCCUGGUGGAGAUGGUCCAGAAUGUCACUUCACACGCUCCAAACCUCACCCAUCAUCUCACCCUUCCUGCAAAGCUCAUCUUGUGCUCCAGGGAGCGUCCAAUCCUUUGCCUCCUGCUCAUGAUGGGCACCCUGUGGCUGGGCUAUGCACUCUUCCUUAUGAAGAGAAGCCCUUUCCUGCAUGCCAGAGUGAGGGAGGUGGUGUCCGACUGUGCCUUGCCCAUCUCUGUGGUCCUCUUCUCUUUCAUCGGCUCUUAUCUGUUCCUCCAUAUCGAGCUUCCUGUGUUCAACUUCUAUAAGGGUCCCAUGUUUAAUGUGGCGUCCUUCAGCAAGCUAACGGCCAUGAACACCCUGAGUGCCAUGGGUCUGGGAUUCCUCCUGGCCAUGCUCAUAUUCGUGGACCAGAACAUCGUGUCAUCCCUCACCAAUGCUCCAGAGAACAAGUUGCUGAAGGGUACAGCCUACCACUGGGAUCUCAUCCUCACUGGCUGCAUCAACAUCAUGAUGUCCAUGCUGGGGUUGCCAUGGAUGCAUGCUGCUAUUCCACACUCCACGCUGCACGUGCGUCAGCUGGCGGUGGUAGAGGAGCGCGUCGAAGGAGGCCAUCUCUAUGAAACGAUUGUAAGCGUGAAAGAGACCCGGCUGACUGCUCUGGCUGCCAACGUGUUCAUUGGGCUGUCUGUGUUCCUGCUGCCCGUGCCCCUGCAGUGGAUCCCCAAGCCCGUGCUCUACGGCCUCUUCCUCUACAUCGCCCUCACCUCCAUCGAGGGCAACCAGAUGUGCGACCGCAUGGCACUGCUGCUCAAGGAGCAGACGUCUUAUCCUCCGACACACUACAUUCGCCAUGUGCCUCAGCGGAAGGUGCACUACUUCACAGCCCUGCAGAUGGCCCAGCUCACCGUCCUGUGUGCUUUCGGGAUGUACCCGCUGCCCUACAUGAAGAUGAUCUUCCCUCUUCUCAUUAUCCUGCUCAUUCCCAUCAGGAAUUACGUUUUGCCACAUAUUAUUGAGGCAAAAUACUUGGACAUCAUGGACGCUCAACAUGUAUGAACCAAAUAUCCUGGACUAAGCCAAAUAUAACUGAAGAGUGAUGCUCUUGAAAGUACGAGAGGAUAAAAUGUUGCUAGAAAAGCUGAAUGUUAAAUAUUGUUUGGAGGACCCAUGCAGACGACGAGGCUGAGGCUGAGGCUGAGGCUGACUCCGAGAUACCACAGUUUAUCCUCAGAUGGGAUUAUCCACUCUUAAAUGGACUUCAUUCAUUUUAGAACCACUUUUUCCUUGUCAUCUUGCCAACCUAUCAACUUUAUGUUAUCUUAUUUUAUGUUGUCUUAUAACAUAUCACAUUUGAGUCUGCAAUUUCUUAUCACAGCAAUGUUAUCAUCCACAUCCAUUUCCUCAGAUUACAUUUAGCUCUUUGUUGUCACUUUGUGCCAAGCAGAUACUGGUCUUGCAAAAACCUCUCUGUGCCUUAUUGAAGGAGGGAUUUGUUUAGUCUAUUCUGUCUCUUCCAGGUGGAAAUAAAAUGUAGAGCUGAGAAUUUUUUGAAAAAUCAAUACAUUCCAGUAUGACUUAUGACUUGGUGUGAUGUUAUGUGGUAGUCAGCGUAUUGACUGCCUUUGCAUUUUGAAUGCAUGCCAUGCAAGAACAUUGUGUAAUCAAAUUAUUAAAACUACAUACAGUAUUAAGAUCA